UACUUUAGCGACAUUCCAGGAAGCCUUUGGCAACUUCCUAUGAGAAACUUUAUCCCGCCUUUGUGACAUUGAAAACAAAGUAUUAUUUGCGUUUAAUAUGGCUUGCGAAGCAUUGCAGGAUGAUCAAAUUGGAGAGGUUCUCUUAAUCGGGGUGGUAAGACAGGAGGUGAUGAACGUGGCAGUAGAGGGAAAUGCAUCCCCUCUGUCCCUUCCCGAAGCUCAGCCAAUAAGUAACCGCAAGGACCAGCAACUUGUUGAACAGUUGGCAGAGACCAUCAGAGUGAUUGGUGACAGGCUUGAUCAGGACACAGGAUUCAAUGACAUGAUUGAUGGUUUAGUUAAAGUGGCUGAUAAAAGCAGUUUCUGGAAUCUUGUGGAAAAAGUUUUCAGAGAUGACCAGAUCAACUGGGGAAGAAUUAUAGUGCUGUUUUACUCGGUUGGGAAACUGGCCGCAAAGAUGGUCCUUGCACACUUUCCCAGUGUUGUUUCAGAUAUUCUGAGCUUAAGUCUGGAUUACUUUAAGAGGCAUUUGUUGAAAUGGAUUCGCAGAAUGGGAGGAUGGAUAACCAGUAUGCCUGGAUUGGCCUGUUUCACCAUAGAGCAAUUUUCCAGUUCUUCAUGGAGCACUUAUUCUUCCUUUUUUAGAGCCAUGCUGACCUUCACCGGUGGUGUACUGUUAGGAGGACUGUUCGUCUGGAGAUUUAAAAAAAGCAGUUGAGGGAAAGAGAAUUGAGCAAACGCAAGUUUACAAGACUAUAAGACUAUAACAAGGAACUUUAUGCAGCAUGCCUCUAUUUAUCAUAAUAUAUCUUUAUUUUAUAUGUAUUUACUUAAGUUUUCUAAGAAAACAUUCAAUUUCUUGGACAAUUUAAUUAAAGAAAGGUACACAUUUAAUCUUAAUCAGGACAGAGUUGUAUGGAUAAGAACUAAGCCUAAGCUUGUAAUAAUGUCUUUAACCCGUUGUACUCUUUAAGUGUUGUGCCUUGAAUGUGUAUAUCCAAUCAUAAAGAAUGUGGGAUCCACUGAUAAUAUGUUCCUUGAACUCUGAAUAUUUGUUUCAGGACCCUGCAAGGCCUUCUGGUCGAGUAAACGCUGGCGUGUUCAUAUGUCGUUGCUCUCCGGGUUCUUGUCAAUGUAUUUAGAUGCUUUUGUUUAGUGGCAUUUUGUAUGAGCGACCUCAGGAAAUUGAGUUUUAUGCUUCUCUUUUAUGGGCAAUCUUAUGGACUAUUGACUUUUUAGUUUGUUUGAAAUCUAUGCUACACCUCACUUUCAGACUGGAUUGCCUCAAUUAACACUGCUGCACUCACCGAAGGUCUUCGCCAGGACUGCUACAUGCGGUCUUAAAUAGGCUGUUUGAUUCCCUGUCCAUCGUCGACGUCCAGUGGGGCUGGAGCGUGUGGACUUUUAAUUCGAGUCGUGUUGGUGGAUUCAUUGAGGAUGUUUAGCCUUUUGUUGCCCAUCUUGGCCUGUUGGAAUUUUGAUGUUGGCCCUCGCCAGUUUCAGCGGAGUGCUCCCUGUAGUUUGCAAGUUCAUGCAAUCAUCUUUAUUCCGAUAUCGUUUUAUUCUACUCAUCUCUGGAUUUAUGGCAUUUUAAUUCCUCUGCCCGUCUGUCAGAUGGAGUUUGUAACUAUUUCGCUGCUCUUGGAAUUGCGCGUCACCCCGGUAUGUCCAUCGAGGGUCACGCAGAGACAACCCUGCCGAUUACAGACUGAUUCUAUACAGGUCUUUAUUCCGUCGCCCUCCGACUGGUGAAAGUAAUGUGAAGCGUAGUGUCAGUUUUAUAAUCUCAGCUUGCUGAAACAAACAUCUUUUAUUUCACUGCAAAACACAGAUGUCGCCACUAUUAUGAUGGCCCUCAUUAAUGCAUGAUCAGUAUCAAACAUAUAUUUUAUUAUGAAAGACUCUUUUAUAUCAUGAUUAUUGGACCUUUUAUUCAUCACUGAGACCUGGCUGAAUUCUGGCGACAAAUGACCCUGGGGGAACUAACACCACCAGGCUGUGACUUUUUAAAUUCCCCACAGAAUUCAGUGUGAGGAGGUGGUGUUGCCACUGUUUUAGAGGCUCUUGUAAAUGCAGAAUGCUACCUAUUGACAUGUAUUCCAGUUUUGAGGUCCAAUUAUUAAAGAUUGACAUCUUGGGUCCUGCUUUCUGUGCACUUGUGUACAGACCUCCCAGAUUUAAUAAGGAGUUCAUCCAACAAUUUUCUGAAUUUCUCUCUGGACUGGUGUCUCGUGGUGACAGACUACUUAUUCUUGGAUAUUUUCAAAUUCAUGUAUGCUGUCCAUCAAAAUUUCUGGUAAAUUAAUUUAUCUCCCUCACUGGGUCUUUACAUUUUGUACAACAGGUCACUGGUCCAACUCACAAUAUGGGUCGUAUAUGAGAACUGGUGUUAUCUUAUGGUCUUUCUGUAUCCAACUUGGAGGUCUUUGAUAUUGGCAUUUCUGACCAUUAUUCAAUAAUGUUUGAUUUGGUCUCUUCUUGUCCUCUCCCUAAUUUUUCUCAGCCCUUACGUCCCUCCCGGUCCAUUCACUCUUCUACUGCCAAUCUUUUUUCAGAAUUGUAUCAAACGCAUUUCACAGAUUAUGUCUUGCCUGCCCUCAAAACUGAAUCAUUGGUUGAAGCUUUUAAUAAAUCUUGUACUUUUACACUUGAUAAUGGCGCUCCACUCAAGCCAAGGAAAAUUAAGGGCGUUUCACAGCCUUGGCUAAAUGACGUCAACUGCACUCUCAGACAAGACUGCAGAACAGCUGAGUGCAAUUGGAAAAGAGACAAGCUUCAGUUGUCUUAUGACAUUUUAAAGGAGUGUUUAACUAACUAUCAGAGAGCUGUAAAGGAAGCAAAAGCUACAUUUUUCUCUACAUUUAUCUCUGAUAAUGCAAAUCGACCAAAACUAUUGUUCAAAUCAAUCUAUUCUGUUUUAAACCCAACUAGAAAUACUUUUCUGGAUGCCACCCUAGAGACCUGUGAAAUAUUUUUAAACUUAUUUACUCACAAAAUUGAGCAGAUUAGAGGUGCGAUUGUACUUUCACAAUUUGAUCAACCACAAAUUUCUUCCCCGUCCAGCUACAGUGGGGAGAACAAGUAUUUGAUACACUGCUGAUUUUG